AUGACUUUGUGUCUUUGGCAAAUGAGAAGAAAUGUAAUGUGCUAGGAAUAGGAGAUGUAUGCCUUAGGUUUUCUUCUGGUUGUAAGCUUACUUUGAAGAAUGUUAGGCAUGUUCCUGAGCUGUGUUGUAAUUUGUUAUCUUGUGCUUCUCUUGAAAAUGAUGGUUUGAAGGGAAAAUGGGAAAGGGAAUCAUGAAAGUUGUGAAGGGUUGUUUAGUUGUUUUAAAAGCUGAGAUGAAAAACAACUUGUAUGUUUGUCAUGCUGAACCUGUUCUUGAUUCUGUGAAUUGUCAGGGUGAAAACAGUCUAGAGUUAGUUUUCCUAAUCUGCCUAAGUGUACCGAUGUGCUUGAUUGUAUUCAUGCUGAUUUGUGGGGUCCUUAUAGUGUUUCCGCUCAUGGUGGAAAAAAUUAUUUUUUGACGUUGAUUGAUGAUUUUUCAAAGAAAGUGUGAGUUUUGUUGAUUGAAAAUAAAUCUGAUGUUUUUAAUAAGUUUAAAAACUGAAAAACCCUUGUUGAAAAUCAUAACCGAUAAGAAAAUAAUGUGUUUAAGGACAAAUGUCAGUUUUGAUUUUUGUGAUGACCAGCUUGGUGAUUUAUGUGAUACUUGGGGUAUUUCUAUGCAUAAAUAUGUUCCCUCAACACCCCAACCGGAUGGGAUUGCUGAGAGGAUGGUUAGAACUCUUUUAGAGAGGGUGAGGACUAUGUUAACAUCAUCUGGGCUCUCUAAAAAGUUCUGGGAGAGCUAUUUGUUAUGUUGCUUAUUUGAUUAAUAUGUCCCCGUCUGUUCCCUUAGGAGGAAAAUGCCCUGAAUUUGUGUUCACGGGCGAACCACUUGCCUUGACAAGUUUGAGAGUUUUUGGUUGUGCUACUUAUGUGAAUCAUGAGAAUGGUGAAUCUGAACCUAAGACUAAGGAAUUUGUUUUCUUAGGAUAUAAUGAAUGCAUAAAAGGUUAUAGGCUUUGGUGUAGGAGCGAAGCUUGCUUCAAUGUGUUGUCAAGUAGAAAUGUCAUUUUUGUUGAAAUGAAUUUCCUUGCCUGCUUGUUUCUCUUGAUGUUGCUCCAAAUGAGGUGGAGCAUUUGCCUAUUGAAGUUCAUUCUGAUUUACUUGUUGAAACCGAACUCAAAUUUGUGAAUGAAAAUGUUUUUCAAGUUGAAAAUAAAGAAAAUAAUAUUUCUGUUAAGGUGGAGCAUGAUAUAAAUGUUAUGUGCAAUAUGCUUGAGUUGCAUGAUUGCCAUGUUAUUAGAGAUAGAGACAUGAGGGAGCAUGAGAGAAAUAAUAAGUGCAAAGUGUUUGACUAUAUUUCCUCUGAGUUUGCUUUAAAUGUGCUUAAUUCUCUUUUAAUUAAAUUCUUUGUGAUAUUUGGUAUGCUAUUUUCUUUGUGUCUUGAAAAUGUGAUACCUAUUCAUUAUGUGAGCUCCAUCUGUUUUAGUUAUAGAAAUAAUAUGUUUCUUUUAUUUUCUGUGUACUUGCUUUGUGUGGGUGUUCGAUUAGUUGGAAUCCCCAACUUCUCCCGGUUGCUUGCUUGCGUGGUCUAUUAACAUGCGUUGUGUUUGUUAAUAGUUUCGUUAUGAUUUCGGUUCUGAACUCGAGGACCGAUUGGUAGAGUUCAGUCCAUUAUGAAUUGGGUUUGCAUGGUAAGCUUGGUCCCAAAGGAAACUUUGGUUCUCAUCUAUUACUUGUAUUAUUUGAAUGAUGUACUUGUAAUGGUUCAGCGAUGAUGAGUCUCCUCACAACCGUGUAUUUGUUACUCUACACCACCUAGGACCAAUAAGGUAGAGAAUGUUGGAGGUAUUGGUCCUACAAAGGCCUUCUGUCCACUUAUUAUGUUAAGGCUUGCACCCUGAGUUUAGCCCUACUCCCAUUAUCUUUUAUCUCUACUCCUUAGCUACCUUAUCUAUCCGUUGCAUUGCAAUUUUGUCAGCUUGGCCCCUUGGUCCUCUGUCAUUGUUUUUGUCUUAAGCUAUUAAUGAGGUUUUUUGAUUCAGAAGGUAUCUUUUUGGUUCCUUAUAAUUGUGGCCUCCUUGUGUGAGACAAUGUGUAGUGCAGAUAAGCAAAGUGAGGUGUGUGAGAGAGUGUGUCCAGUUUCUUCUUAUUCCUUUGAGAGAGUUUCCUCUUUGUGAGUGAGAGCUUGGGAUGUAAGAGGGAUUGAGCUUGAAUAAGGUGAGUAGAGUGGCUAAACAGUCCUGGGUGGUGUGUGAGAGUUGUUAAGGUUAGAGACCUGAGUUGAAAUACACUCCCAACAAAAACUAUCCGUUGGAGGACUGAAAUGAGCACCUGCUAGCUGCCAAACAGCCUGUGCUUCAGGCAAUAGACGAAAUAUGUGGUCAGCCGACUCCUCUUCACCGCUACACAGUUUGCACUCCACCUGCACCCACAUUCCUCUGCUUUCCUUCCUCAUCUCGUAAUGCUGCAACAUUCAUAUCAAAUAUCUCAGAAGGUUUACUGGACUGUACUCGUCCCGAGCCCGAGCCCGGAAGCCACACAUGAGCCCAUACCUAAGUAUAUUUCCCAUUCUCGGCUCUUCUACGAAUAUUCUCAUUCACCACUUGUUGAGCUUCCAUUAUACUACGCGAUACAUAUGGAUUACUACCCAUUUGAGCUUCUAAAAAAGAGGAGUUCAGAAAAUACCGAGCUUUAAAAGCCCGGUUCACCAAACUCUUUGAUUCCGUAGUAAGCUUCCAAGCUUGCUUCGCUAGCAUUGCAAUAUUAAAAUCUCUUAUAUCCUCCUAAAAUCCAAACCUCCUGCAUUUCUUGGUCUGCACAAGCUGCCCCAACUUCUUCAUCUUAGCCCUCUUUGGUCAAAUUUCGUCCCUUUCUACCAAUAGUCAUUCAUAAGUUUCUCGAUCUCCUCACAAAGCCCUCGAGGAAGAAGAAAAACAUUCAUUGCAUAGGUAGGCAAUUAGGCAUUGCUUGAAUAACAUUUUUUAAUAGAAUUGCCUGUCUAGCCCGAGAAAGAUAUCUAUUAUUCCAGCUUUUAAUACGACUAACAAUUCGCUCCCUCAAGUAUUUCAAUAUUGAUUUUUUAUUUCUCCCUAUCAAAGCCGGUAAUCCCAAAUACCACGAUGCAUUAUUGUCACACACCACUCCCAAAGAAUUGCAAAAAAUAAUCCUUACUGGCAGCCUCCACAGUAGGACUAAACAUAACACUGGAUUUAUUAAAAUUUACCUCUUGCCCUGACAUUAGAGCAUACUCUUCCAGAAUUCGUUUAAUAGCAUCACACUCCUAUCUGGUAGCUCUGAAAAAAAGAAAACUAUUGUCAGCAAAAAGGAGAUGGGAAACCCGUGGAGCUCCUUCACAUACACCGACGCUAUGAACAUCCACUUUCCUUUCUUCCCGUCUCGGCAAUGCACUCAGCCCCUCCGCCUCCUGAAUAACAAGAUAUGGAGACAGUGUGUCCCCUUGUUGCAACCCUCGUGCCUGAGUAAUUGGCCCAAGAGAAUCUCUAUCAAACUGAAUAAAGUACUUAAAUGUUGAGACACAUUCCAUUAUAAUAUGAAGGGACUCCAAUAUGAAUCCACCUCAUAUCAAAACCCAUUCACUGCAUAAUCUUACUAAUAAAACUUCAAUCCACCCGAUCAUACGCCUUGCUCAUAUCAAGCUUUAAGGCAUCAAAACCUUCUUUCCCAUAUCUCUUCCUCUUUAGAAAAUACUGGGUUUCAAAAGCCACCAUGAUAUUGUCAUCAAUUGAUCUCCCCGGUAUAAAAGCACUUUAAUUUGCUCCAACCAGAGACUCCAAAACACCCUUCUAACGAUUGGCCAGCACUUUUGAAAAAGUCUUAAUAAAUGACAUUGCACAACGCAAUUGGUCUCCAGUCACCCAUAUUCAUCGGUUUAUCUUUUUUUGGGAUCAAAACAAUAUUAGUCACAUUUAAUUCGUUAGGCAACCUACCCGAAUAAAAAACAUUUGAACAUAACCGACUGACAUCUGACCCUAUUAUAUCCCAAUAAGCUUGAAAAAAUGCAGGAUCCAUACCAUCAACUCCCGAGGCUUUAUCUGGAUGCAUGCCAAAUAGUGCCGCUUUAACCUCCUCCAAUUGAAUCGGCCUAAGAAGCCUACUGUGUUCUAUGCUGAGAAACCCAAGAAAAUCCAUCAAUAUCGUCUUGUCAACCUACUGCCGCACUAGCCGAGUACAGAUUCUCAAAAUAACUCCUCACUAUCCCCUCCAUUUCUAUUUUCCCGGUAACCCAAUUACCA